UUCCAUCGCUCGCUUACAUUACCAGCGGUAAAGCCAAAGAAUUAAAAAGACUCGUACAAACGAUGAUAGACUGGCACAUAAAAUUACUCGAGGAACACCGACAAACGUUGAACGAGUCAAGUCCACGCGAUUUUCUCGACCACCUGCUAAUCCAGCAACAGACGGGCAAGCUGAUGGUGUCCGACACCGACAUCUGUUGUGUGUUGGAUGAUUUACAGGGUGCCGGGUUUGAUAGCGUCACUGCUACCACCGACUGGGGCAUUCAGCUGCUUGUGCAGAAUCCAGACGUGCAGAAGAAGCUGCAGGCUGAGAUCGACGAGGUCGUCGGCACCGGCAGAGCGCCGACGACAAAGGAUCGCCCCAACAUGCCCUACUUGGAGGCUACGCUUUGGGAGAUUCAGCGUGUAGGAAUGAUUGACCCGAUACCUGGUGUACGCGGUGCAUUGUCUGAUACCACCUUAGGAGGCUUUGAUAUACCAAAGGAUACCGUUCUAAUGGCCAACCACGCCAAGAUGGCUAUGAAUCCCAUCAAUUUCCCACAGCCGCAGAGGUUUGACCCGUCUAGGUAUCUGGAUGAGAACGGUGUCGUCGUAGCACCUGAUAAAAAGAUUAUGCUGUUUGGCAACGGCUUCCGAAUAUGUCCCGGCAUGCAACUCGCUCGUGACAUGAUGUUUACUGUCAUGGCGAACCUGUUGCAGCGUUUCACAUUUCAGCUACCAGAGGGCGUCACAGCUCUCCCUGCCGGCAGAACCGACGGUCUUGUGCAGCAUCCGCUUCCUUUUAAGAUUAGAGCUAUUGCACGAUAAACGCCACCUCUUGAAAAAACAACAAUAGAAUAACGCAUAUUAAUUGGUGAUGGUUAACAGAGUCAAACGACUUGGUUUAC